UAGGGAAUCGAGUGGUUUAUUUUUUGCAGCCCUCGUUGUUGAUCUUUGAACCUUGGUUCACUCGGGCCGUCCACUGAAAUUCAGAUGCAGGAGGAGUCAGCGAGCACCAACGAAGCAUGGCAAGACUUCUCUGGGCUACAUCCCUUUUCCUGUUGCUUCACCCCACAGCUGCUGAAACUCCAGUGUUUCUGACCCAUGAAAUGGCCAACAACAUGCUAGCACGACAAAAGCGGGCAAACAGCUUUCUGGAGGAACUUAAAGAAGGUGACGUGGAGAGGGAAUGCAUUGAAGAAAGGUGCUCGAAAGAAGAAGUGAGAGAAAUCUUUGAAAAUGACCAGCGAACCGACGAAUAUUGGAAUAAGUAUGUAGACGGCGAUCAGUGUGAGUCCAACCCGUGCAGGAAUGGGGGCAUCUGUCGUGAUAACAUCAACCGGUAUGACUGCCAGUGCCUAAAGGGUUACAAGGGCAGCAACUGUGAGAUUGACAUCCCCCAGCUCUGCAAUCUGGACAAUGGAGGCUGCCAGCAUUACUGCAGGGUGCAGAAGAACCGUGUCAAGUGCUCCUGUGUCGAAGGUUAUGCGCUUCAUUCCGAUGAGAAAUCCUGUAUUCCACAAGUUUCUUUUCCUUGUGGGACCAUCACAAAGAACAGAGCCCGAAGAUCAGUUUUCGACAGUGAUGCUGUGUUAGCUAACAGCACCACACCAACAGAGACCACUGCAUCAAACCACACCAGUAACAGAUUUAAUGAGCCAACAAGCAACCAUAAUCCCGCUGACGAAAUUGUGAGGAUUGUGGGCGGACAGGAUUGUCCCUUGGGAGAAUGCCCAUGGCAGGUUCUUCUAAUCGAUGAAUCUGGCAAAGGAUUUUGUGGGGGCACAAUUCUAACUGAGACAUUAGUAGUGACUGCAGCUCAUUGCCUGAAUGAAACAGCGACGAUCACCGCUGUUGUCGGUGAAUUUGAUGUCAAGGAAGACGAGCACACAGAACAGCGGCUUGAGGUCGAGGCAGUCAUUGCCCACCAGAGGUUCCAGCGCAAAAAUUACGACAACGAUAUUGCGGUCCUGCUAUUGAAGAAACCCAUGCAGUUCAACCAGAAUGUGGUCCCAAUCUGCCUGCCCCAAAGAGAAUUUGCAGACACGGUGCUGAUGAAAACAUCAAAUGCCUUAGUCAGUGGUUGGGGCCGUGUCAUUGACCAUGGGAUGCCAGCUGAUAAGCUCCAGCGCCUCACAGUGCCAUACGUCGAUCGGACAAAGUGCAUUGAGUCUAGCAAGUACCCGGUGUCUCAGAACAUGUUCUGCGCUGGCUACAAAGACGAGAGUAAAGACUCCUGCCAAGGGGACAGUGGUGGGCCGCAUGUCACAGAACACAAGAGCACCUGGUUCUUGACUGGCAUUGUCAGCUGGGGAGAAGGAUGUGCCCAGAAGGGAAAAUAUGGCAUCUACACAAAGGUGUCAAGAUACCUCAGAUGGCUCAGAAUGGUUAUUAGACAAGUAUCUUCUAAUCAAAACAGCAGGAACCUCUUAGAACACAGUGGUAGUGCCCCUACCUCUGCGCCAGAAACUCUGCAUUCAAGUCCGUCCACGCCAGGACAUGCUAGUGCUCCCCACAAAUAACCCGUCAUUGCUGAAAUAAUGAUCACGCUUUAAUGGAACCCGCAGAACCAAAUUCAGGCUGUACCAACUCCACAAAAAUCUCAGUUGCAUCAAUAACCCUCAGAAAUAGCUUAUCUACCUUGGAUCUAAAUUGAUGGUUGUAAGGAUGGUGAAAAUCUUAGCAGUCAUCAUUGUUAACAUUGUGUAGAAGGAUCCACAAUCUCUGGUGGUCAGUCAUGUGCAGUUCAAUCAGAGAGUUGCUAUCAGUGAUAUUUUGUACCUCCAUGGAGCCAGCCACUGCUGUCUUCACAGAAUCACUGAAAUGACAUAACCUUGUGUCCUUUACACACCAUUCUCACCUUCCAGAAACAACAUUUUAAUUAAUAUGCCUUGCUAGACAAGGUGCAACUGAGUUUUUACAAUGUACAAAGUUCUAAUUCCUCAUUACCCAGCUCUCUAGCCCUGAAAUAUUAAUUUUAUAAGCAUGGGUUCUCAUUCCCAUCAUUCUGUGAUAAGUGUACCAUGAUUUUUAAAGUAAUAAAACAUAAUUUGUUUUA